AUGUUUCAGGAACAAUGCCUCCUAAACAAGCUGGAAAAACACCAAGGAAAAGGAGGAAGAUUCAGUCCCCGGGGAUCACACUGGUAGAACCAACUACAUCUGUACCUACCCUGCCUCAGAAUAACGGCACAGGAGAACCAUUUGAUGGAGCUCAUGGAGCCACUCAUCAAACUACAAGUCUGGAACCUCGGCCUGCUGUCACUCAAGUGUCAAAUCAAGUCUCUAUUGACUAUGCCGAGCUGGCAAAACAAAUACUGGUACAACAACAGAAUUUAGGUACGCACACAGCGUCCCAACCUCUACCUCUGAAUCAAGCUACAACAGCGUUGCCCCCUGCGGCGUUAAUUCCAAGCCACCCAAAUGGACACACUGUUCCAGCGCUAUCUACAGAAAAGUCAUCCGUAGCGCUAGCUGCCUCAUCAGCCUCCCAACCUCUACCUCUGAAUCAAGCUACAACGGUGUUGUCCCCUGAGGCGUUAACUCCAAGCCAGCCAAAUGGACAGACUGCUCCAGCGCUAUCUACGGAAAAGUCAUCCGCAGCUGCUUCAUCAUUUACAUCAUUAUUAGACACAGUUUUUGCAGGCAGUAAGGGAGAAGGCUCCUCACCUGGACCAUCUGCCAACUUCUAUCCCCUCUCAUCUCUUGCAGAUCUGAACCCAACUACUUGUUCCAUUUUGGCUGCGUCGCUCUCGGGAGCUUCACGUGCUGCAUACAGACAGUCGUGGAACUUAUUUCAAACUAUGAAUAAAGGUCCUAGCUCUCUUCCGUUGAGUCUACAAAAUGUUUGUAAUUUUAUCGGUUAUCUAUUCGAAAAACAGUACAGUGCCAGUAGCAUUGCAUCACAUGUGUCUGCAUUGAGUUACCUGCAUAAACUCCUGAACCUCCCUGACCCAACUCAAACCUUUAUUGUUAAGAAAUUACUUAAAGGGUGUAGUAGGUUGUUACCUUCACAAGAUACUAGGUUACCCAUCACUAAGGAGAUCCUGCACAAACUUAUCAAGGCAACUAAAAUGACAGUCUCUCAGCCACUGAAUCAAUUGUUGUUAAAAGCAUUGUAUCUCCUUUGUUUUAAUGCAUUCCUACGGUUAGGAGAGCUUGUUGUAAAGUCAGUAGCAGACAGAGGUCGGGUUUUGCAAGUACAGGAUGUCACAUUCCAUGGUGAUGGGUACCUGCCACACAGUGUUCAAAUUGUCAUUCGUCACCACAAAACACAAAAGAAAAAUGAUCCUAUAAUUAUCUCUAUUCAGGGAAGUUCGGGAAGUGAAUUCUGUCCUGUCCAAGCCCUACAUGAGUAUUGCACAAAAUCACCUCACUCAGCAGGUCCAUUUUUUUCAAUUUGUAGACGGCACCCCGGUCACAUACUCCUUUGUCAGCUCUCAGCUUUCAAAAGCCAUAUCCUUUGCAGGAUUUGACCCCAAGCGUUUUAAAGGUCACAGUUUUCGUAUAGGUGCGGCCACUCAUGCUGCGCAUAUAGGAUAUUCAGAAAAUUGUAUUCAACAUUUGGGACGUUGGAAGUCAAAUGCUUUACAUAGAUAUAUAAGGAUAAAAUCAUUUCAAUUUUAAUAGGGUCUUUAACAUGCAGGUCAGUGUUUAACUGCUGCUCUAUGUCUUCUUCAAGCGAUGCACGUUAAGCUGGAUUAAAAAUCAAAUGAACUUUAUGCAGCUGUAUGGUUGAGACAGGCCAGUGUAUAACUGCUGUCAUUGGCAGGUCAGUGAUUAUAUCUUUCAUAUCGCGAAUAAUUGUUUCAAAAUGUAGAUGUAUAAAUUGCUGAGGUAACGUUUAUUUAUAGUUCGACCAUAUCUCUUGUCAUCCAACUCAUAGGUGUCGUUUUCAUCAGAUUUAACAUCAUGUUUCAAUAUAAUUGUAAAUAUUUUUUUUUCAAAUAUGCGUUAAAGUAACACCCAGUUCAGCAGCGCUGACUAUUUUUUACAAGACCCAGACUUUUUUUGGAUUAUUUUGUCUUCUUUCACUUUCUAUUUAUUCUUUCUAUUUUUAAAAAUAAAUUAUUUUUUUCUACUGGU